GUCGGAUGUAAUCUGGUGUGACGCCACUAAUCCCAACGCUACAAAUCAUAGGUCUCGUCCACCUCGCUCCCCACAGAGCCCUGUGACUUCCUGCCAGCAACUUCACAUCUGCCUCAGACAGUACGAAGCUGAUAUAAAGAGCAGAAGAUAUGGCUGUGGUUAGUGGAACUUACCGUAUGGUGUCGGAGGAGGAGCAGGCUCUCAGGGCCAAGCUGGAACGUCUCACCGUCAAGGACCACGGGCCAGUGUUUGGACCCUGUGCCAGCCUGCCAGACCACACCAAGCAGAAGGCCAAGGAUGAGCUGAAUGAGACGGAUGAGAAGCGGGUGGCGGCAGUGAAGGAGCUCCGAGGAAUGAUUAAGGAGAAGGCAGAUGGAGGUGAUGAAUUGGCCAAGGGGGUGCAGGACACGUUUGGGGAGAAACCAGACAGUUUGCUAGUCCGCUUCAUCCGCGCCAGGAAGUACGACGUGCCCAGAGCCUUCGAGCUUAUGAAGGGCUACGUGCGCUUCAGGAAGGAUUACCCAGAGCUGUUUGAGAAUCUGACCCCAGAGGCCGUACGCAGCACCAUCGAGGCCGGCUACCCCGGCAUCCUGCAGAGCAGGGACAAAUACGGCCGCGUGGUUCUGCUUUUUAACAUUGAGAACUGGGACUAUGAGGAGAUCACCUUUGAUGAGAUCCUGCGUGCCUACUGUGUGAUCCUGGAGAAGUUGCUGGAGAACGAGGAGACUCAAAUCAACGGGCUCUGCAUCAUUGAGAACUUCAAGGGCUUCACCAUGCAGCAGGCGUCGGGAAUCAAACCCACCGAGCUCAAGAAGAUGGUGGACAUGUUGCAGGAUUCAUUCCCUGCCCGUUUUAAAGCUGUGCACUUCAUCCACCAGCCCUGGUACUUCACCACCACCUACAAUGUGGUCAAACCACUAAUGAAGAGCAAGCUGCUAGAGAGAGUGUUCGUCCACGGAGACGAGCUGGAAAACUACUACAAGGAGUUUGACGCUGACAUCCUUCCCUCUGAUUUCGAUGGAAAAGGUUCCAAGUACGACGGCAAGGCCACAGCAGCCAAGCUGUUCGACUAAACAUCCUCCCUCCCUUUGCCAACCAGGCGAAGAGCCAUUAUAUAUUACAAACCCCACAGACAGUGGAGACUCAAAGCCCAAUCUAGCUGUGUGGUUGUAGGAAUAAAGUUAUGAAUGAAAGUGUGUGAGAAGUUCAAGUGAUGUUGUUUUCCAGAGUUCCUGAGAAAGCAGUCGUGUCUAGUCAAUGAGACCCUCAAUCAUUAUUCCACUCCACAGUAUUCUGCAUAACAGAAUGCAUAUACUUUACACUUUUGCAGAUUGUUUUCCAAAGCAUAGCAUAUGUAUUAAGACUUUAAGACUGCUUUUCUACCUUCCAGGAAACCACUGACUUCAUUUCACACCAGUAUAGUUUGAAAAUCAACCUUCUUAGUCUGAAGACUGGCUUGAAAUAGGCAAUUCAUCACAAUGAACAUUCAGGUGCCUUUAUUUUUUUUUUGCCAAAUUUAGUUUUUUUGGGGGGGCAGGUGCUGUUUUGACGCUUCCUUGUUGGUGUGUUCAAAGAAUCUCUGAUAUUCAAGAUCAAGAUCCAUUUAUUACACAGAAAGACCAAAUUCACUAUAUUCUUUUCAACGUCCAUAAGAUCUUAGAGUUUGUUUGAAAGUCUCCAAACAAGGAAACGUUUUCACAACUGCAUUACUGUAGCUGAUCAAAAACUAACGGUGACCAUAUGUCCACAGUGGUGGAUUACCUAUCUUAAGCAGAUAUAAAGGCUUUGCAAGUUGAUUUUCACUCCAAAUGAAUGGAAGCCAGUGGCUGUCCCGGAGGCAGUAUUUAAUCUAAAAUGGCAUGGUUUGGGAAAUAUUCAGCGUUACAGUAAAGCAUACAUAACUUGUAGUUAAUGGGCGAAAAAUGCAAAAGCACCAGUAUGAUUCUUGGAGCAUUCAGAUACAUUUAAGUCUUUUAAUGUAAUUUCAUGAAGGAAAAAUUGAUAAAAAAUAUUAAUUCAAAACACACAGGCUGACCCAUGUUAAGCCAAAUGAGAGUGCUUGCCGCCUGGCUUUGAACAAGAGAUUUUCUGUCUCUCAUCUCUGUUAAGUUGUGCUUUGUUUGGACCAUAAUUCACCCACACAGCUUGAUUUAACACAGGCAGGCCCCAGCUUUCUCAGUCUCCACCCUCUGGCCCCCAUCUAUCCUCGAAGUACAAGGCUGAUAUUCCAACAAGUGCCUGUCUCUCCUGUGUUUUUUAGAUUGUUCUUCAAUAUGAAUAUCAUUAAGUUUUACCCAUUGUGCUACCUGGUGCACCAAGAAGAAUGUCAAUAAAUGUACAAUAAACUGUAUAUAAAUAUAAA